AUGGGUGCAGAGCAGUCAGCACGGUUGGUUUGUACGGAAACGGCAGAGACAGAAAAGCCUUUGAAACUCAUCAAUUCCGAGUUAUUUUUCCGAUUGUAUUUCGAAAAGAUGCCCCAGCCGGUUACGGGUCCUGUGACUGAAGCCCUUCUUCAUUUGGUGAAGAAUCUACACGAUAACGGAGAGCUCUUUAUUGAAGAAGUAGAAGUGCCCCAAGGCGAAGUGGACAGGAUGGACAGUGACACCGAAAGUGGAUUCAACUCUGACUCUACAAUCUCUGUAGGAGACUACGACGAAGAUGUGGGUAUAGAGCCCAUCCGGGUAGCGGAAUUCGAUUCCAUGGAUGAAUAUGACAUUCCCCCUCCUGGCCCGGAUGAUAUUAUUGAAGACCCCCAGUCCGAUGUCGGCCCAUUGAAUAAUUAGACAUUUAAUAAAACAAGGAUUUAUGUACACAACUAA